AUGAGUGCCACACCGCAAAAGGCGGAGUUACCACAGCUUAGCCUGCCUGAUGGUGUUACAGUGUGGGAUGGGAAUGUGCUAGACGAUGCAAGGCGGAAUCAUAACUCUGAUGGAUGUGCUGAUCGCCUCAUGCAAACCAUUGACAUUUUGGGUCGGCGUAGUAAGGAGUCACAAGGCUUGAACACCGUAUUGACUUCUGUCAGUCGUCUGCGAGAGAACCGUCAGGCGCGGAUGUAUCUUCUUUGUCAUGGCGGCUAUGGUAUUGGUAUUUUGAAGAUGGGGGUGAAGAAGCUGUUCGUGACGCACCCUGCAUACCCGGCACUGGUGGAGAUUGACCCUUUGUGCGUGCUUGACUUUUUUGUAGACACCACCUCUCAGCGCUGCGGGUAUGGAAAGACGCUUUUUGAUGCCAUGCUUCAAAAUGAGGGUCUUAGCCCAGGGGAGGUAGCAAUUGACCGCCCAAGCGUGAAGUUCCUUGCGUUCCUGCGGAAGCACUACGGCCUGGUCGAGUACACGCCGCAGUCAAACAACUUUGUGGUGUUCCACAAGUACUUUGACAAGUGGCAGCCGCGGCGUGGGAGGGGCAGCUGGAGCGAGAGUGCCGCGCCCACUAUAUCGCCUGCGCGGCCACAGGGCGGCAACCUGAGGCCCUCCCCUGGCUGCCGGGGCACGACAGGGGCAGAUACCGCGCAUCUUUUGCCGCUGGCACAAUCAAGUUCACUUGGGCAUUCGGUGUGUCCAGAUUCAAGGGUGAAAACGGCGUAUGAGUUGCAGUAUGAGGAGUAUAUGCGGGAACAGGCGCAGCGGAAAGGGCAGGGUAACACAAAUGCUGGGACUGACACUCAACCGGUCUCAUCUUCGGAGGUUGCGGCGGCGACUUGUGGACAGAGGCGUCGUGUGUCACCUACCCGCAGUGGAGUCCCAUACAACAUUAUUAGCGGGGCUCCAGAGCACUGA